GAGCAACUGAGGGAAAGAAGAAAUGGAUGAACAUAGAUGAGUAGUGAGUUUGUGUGUAAGGGGAAGGAAGGAAUGAAGGAAGGAUGAAAGUGAGGGGGAAAGGAAAGAAGGAAGGGGCAGGAAGGAAGGACAGAAUGAAGGUAUGAACAAAGAUGAGUGAAAGUGGGGUGGAAGUAAAAAAAAAGGAAGCAAGAAAGGAAGGAAAGAAGGAAAGAUAAAAGGAACAAAAAACACGAGAGAAAGGGAGGAAUUGAAGAGGAGAGGAAGGAAAGGAGACAGGAAGGAACCAAGGGAGGAAGGAAGAAAGGGAGCGAACAAAUUCAUUUUCACUCCGUCGCUUCUUUACCGUGCAGGCUCUCUGUGUGCCGCGCGAGGGUCGUCAGUGCACUCACUACAGCGCACGCGGACACAUUCUUUAACGCGGUGAGAUUUCACGUUACCGGCGGUCCGUCCGUCCCGCACCUGAAACAACAGCGCUUCUUCUUCUAACGACAGACCAGCAAACCAGCGGGGCAUCACAGUCACCGAGUCCGCAGACGGGCACCCGAGGGGAGGCGAAAGACGCGCGCAGCACCCUUACCGCACAUACCGAGCGAGGACCAUGGAGAGCGCAGGCAACGGCUCGGGCGCGGAUUACCGGAGCCAGCUCCCCGUGCUUUACAACAACAGCAGCAGCAGCUUCUGUCCGAACUUCACCGACGGCAACAACACCACGAGCUUCGCGAAGGGGCGAUGCGACGAGGAGCGCGGACUGACCAGCAGCCUGGACGACGACGCCAACCCGGUUAUCAUAGCGAUUGUCAUCACCGCUCUCUAUUCCAUAGUGUGCGUGGUGGGGCUGGUUGGAAACGUGCUGGUCAUGUAUAUCAUCGUCAGAUACACUAAAAUGAAGACUGCCACCAACAUCUACAUCUUCAACCUUGCUCUGGCCGACGCCUUGGUCACCAGCACCCUACCAUUCCAGAGCGUCAACUACCUGAUGGGGACCUGGCCUUUUGGUGACGCGCUGUGCAAGAUGGUGAUGUCCAUCGACUACUACAACAUGUUCACCUCCAUCUUCACGCUCACCACCAUGAGCAUUGACCGCUACGUUGCUGUGUGCCACCCAGUCAAAGCACUGGACUUCAGGACACCGCAUAACGCCAAGAUAGUCAACGUCUGCAACUGGAUUCUCUCCUCGGCCAUCGGGCUGCCCGUCAUGUUCAUGGCCUCCACCGCUGUCACUCCCUCCAGCAUUGUUGACUGCAAGCUGGUUUUCCCCCACCCCUCAUGGUACUGGGAUACCCUGCUGAAGAUCUGCGUGUUCAUCUUUGCCUUCAUCAUGCCCGUGCUCAUCAUCACUGUCUGCUACGGUCUCAUGAUUCUGCGGCUGAAGAGUGUGCGCAUGCUGUCGGGCUCCCAGGAAAAGGACAGGAACCUGCGUCGGAUCACCCGCAUGGUCCUGGUGGUGGUUGCCGUCUUUAUCGUCUGCUGGACGCCUAUCCACAUCUUUGUCAUUAUCACAGCUCUGAUUAAUAUCCCCAGCUCCACACUGCAGACUAUCACCUGGCACUUCUGCAUCGCUCUGGGCUACACCAACAGUAGUCUGAACCCGGUUCUUUAUGGCUACCUGGAUGAGAACUUCAAGCGUUGUUUCCGUGAGUUCUGCACCCCGAGUCCCUCGGUGUUGGAGAUGCCGAACUCGUCCCGGACCGGAGCCACUAGCCGCAAGCUCCCACAGCGUGAACACAACAGUGCAAACACAGGAGAAAGGUCCAAUCAACAGGUAUGACUAGCCUUGGAGGGGUCGUCGGUGGAUUCUCGCUGUUGUGGCGGCGUUGCCAACGACGACCUCAACUCAGAGGUCACGCAGGUCACCACAGGGCUCUGACCACACACACACACACACAAACAAACAAACCACAUACAUACAUACAAACAACCCAGGACAUGACUGAGACUCAAUAGCACAGACCAUUUUGACGAUGUGUUGCCAGCUUAACUGCAGCGUUGCAUCAGGUCAGGCCAUUCACCUGCCAACCAGUCUAACUAUUACUAACUGCAUGGCUGUGCAAGGCUUUUACUCUUACUGAAACAGAUACGGGAAUGAGUUAAACAGAAAACCAAGAAGUUGCUGGACUAAAUUGUGCAUUAAUGCUAUUACAGUUUAACAAAAUUCUGAUCUAAUUUUUGACAAUAUAGACUACACAGUCUGAAAAUGUGCAGUAACGAAAGAGAAAUGUAUAGACAUAAAAAUGUAAAAGCUACUUACUCAAGACACUAAUAUGAUGUUGUUUUGUUCUGCCUGCUCUGUACAAACCUGCCUCAUUGAUCUAAACCUAACCCUCAUCCUGUCUCUAAUUCUCUAGGCUGUAAAAAAAAAAGAGAUCAAUUAUUUGUCAUAUGUUUGCAGAGUUCAUAUGACUUCAAGGCAAUCUGUCUGUUUACCUCCUGAUGUUUCCUUUUUCAAUUAUUUGCACGUCUGAGAGGAAAUAUGGAUUAAUGGCGGUAACUGCACAGUAUAAGAUCUAAUCUGAUUUUAAACGUGUUGCCAUUUAUUGCCUCUCAUCUUCGUCUAUUUUUAUUUAGUCUCUGUAAAGAAGUUUUCUACCCUGUUUCUGGACUUAUCGUUGAGCAGACAUAGGGUAGAGCAUUGUAUGUUCCCUCUGCUGUAUUUGACAAACCUCUGAAUGUACAGAAGGAAAACCAGCUGUGUUUAUCGCAUUGGAUCCUUGUGCUGAACUGUGGAUCCUCUAAACCAGCAAAGAAGACACAUCAGCAUGUUUGCACAGUGUGUGCUUUUGUGGCAUAUAGUGCGAACAUAUGGUACUACCAGUGUAUGAUUAACUACAGCUUAUAACAGCCAUUACCCAGCGUAUGGGUUUUAAUGGAGUCACCUCUCCUUUGAAGACUUUAACAAGUGAGCUAAGCAGGAUUGUACAUCUGUUGUAAUCUUUAAAAUUGCGUGUGCUUAAGUGUUGUGCUGUAUGCUUUACUUGCCAGUUGCCUUUACAGUAGCUCUACUCAAUAUUCUGUGUACCAGUAUUUUUCUAACAAGCUGAAAAGAUGAACAUGAUUGUAUUAAUCGCCCAUGUAAAAUACUGUAAGUAUUCUGUUGCUUUUAUAUGAAGAUAAUUUCAAGAAUUUGUCAGAAAAUGAUUUCUGAAGAUGAUGAUGGACCAGCAAGUCAUUGUGCUUCUAAAUAUAACUUUUGUCAUAUUGAAUCUUCCUUGUUGACUGAAGAGAUCUUAAUCAGAAAAUAAUGUGCAAAACCUUAAAUUGUGAAUUUGAAAAUGUAGAGUUUAAAUUCAUAGAAAGUUUCAUAUGUAAUUUGUUUGUUUUGACUGACAUACAGUCAAAAAAAUCAGUUAUCUAAUAUUAAUAUAUUAGGCUACUUAUCAUAAAAACAGCUGCUGAUUUUGGCUGAAAGGCCUAUCAAGUGUCACAUGCUGUAUAUCAUGUGCAAAAUGUACAAUAUCUUUCAUCUCACAAAACACAUUAUGUCACCUUUUUUACACUGUGGUAUGCUACUAAUAGCUGUGAGUAUGAAUAUCCAUCCGGUAGCAAGUCUGGCUACCUGUUUGCCCUAUGCUGCUGUGUCAAUUUUGAAUUUCUCCUAAGGGGGAUCAAUAAAGGAACAUCUUAUCUUAUCUUAUACACAAAUAUUAGUAAAAAUACAAAUUCAUGUUUUUUCAGAGGUAUUCAAGAUUUCUUUAUGAAUUACCUGGCAUGCAAAUAUCUUGGUCCUCUGCACGCCCAGGAAGUCUAAAGUGUGUGGUGUCGGACAGGGCCUCUCUAAAUAAAGGCUUGUGUGGUUCGCAUUAAUUUUUUUUCCAAAGUUGGAGCAGCUGAUAAUUGCACAGCUUCUUUCCUGAGCGUACACAUAAUUCUUUAUGGUCUUUAUGAAGAGACAUGCAGCUUUGGCCCCAGGUUUUUAGCACGAUAUCAUGUAGCCAUGAAUAUUUGAGACCCUGUUUACCAGAUUAGAAAUUAGUCAUUUGAAAACAUUAAAAGUCUGCCAGAGAUUUUCAACCAACCUGUGGAGCGAACAUUAGCUUCCCUAGUUCACCAGCUGAUGAAAUCAGUAACAGUUUGCCAGUUAGCACACCGUGAGGUCUAACGUUACAACUGUUUGAAAUGAAGGACCCAUUGUUUCAAAAGUAAAAAAAAUUCUAAAUUUACCACACAAAAUAAACAGCUUUGAGCUGCUUAGCAACAGUAACUCAGCAAACUGUCAGUUGUGGUAAUGAUAAAUAUUGAACACAUUGUGUGUCAUUAAUCUAAUAAAUAGCUUAAGACAUAAUGCAUUGCAGCAGGCGACACUUGGUGCACCAUAAACAAUAUACCGGUACUCUUGAAGGUAAAUUCAAAUGAAAUGAAUUUGAUGCUGUCAGUGGUCUGUACACACGGCACCGUCAAACUCGCUUUUUAAAAUAUUUUUUUUUGUUUACAUGACUUAUGACUCCAUCAUGACUGAACUUGUAUUCUAUUCUUGAAACUAGAUUUCUUGUAAUCUCAUGUACAGACGAUAAUUUCUACUUUAUGGACGACACUCUGUAACACAAUACAUAUAAUUUUACUGUUAAUCAGUGCAUUGUCA